GUAACAGUGAUUCUGGUGGUGAUAAGCGUGGUGUGGAUUCCAAUCCUGCAGUCGGCCAAUAGCGGACAGCUCUACGUUUACAUCCAAUCAGUGACCAGUUACCUGGCUCCACCCGUUACCGCUGUCUUCUCAUUGGCUAUCUUCUGGACCAGAACCAACGAGCAGGGUGCAUUCUGGGGUCUGAUGGUGGGGCUGGUGGUCGGUGUGUGUCGGAUGGUUCUAGAAUUUGCAUUCCCGCCUCCUCGCUGUGGUAUCCAAGACGACGCCCCGUCAGUGCUGCGCUCCGUUCACUACCUUCACUUCGCCAUCAUCCUCUGCUUCCUGUCUGCUGCCGUUGUCAUGGUGAUAUCACUGCUGACUCCGCCCCCCACUGAAGAGCAGGUGCGUAACCUGACGUGGUGGACUUUGACUCAGGAGGAAGAGGGAGAAAUACCACUCCAGAAAGUCUCCUCUAUCAGCCACCGAGAGCAGAGACCCCAGUUCCACGGUUCUGCUCCGGUGCGGAGGGCGGUCUGCGGCCGCGGGGCGGGGCUCUGCAGCUCAGCAGAGGGGCCAGCAGAGGAGGUUCCGUUACCCAGAAUCCCCAGCGUUAGAGAGAGUGUGUUUUGGUCUCGCUUCUGCUGCGUCAAUGCCAUUCUGCUGAUCUGUGUUAAUAUAUUCCUCUACGCUUACUUCGCCUGACCUCUGACCUCUAACUGCUGUCCCAGUAGGAUACUUCCUGUGGGUGUUUCCAUCUCUACGUAAAUCAAUGUUCUUAUGGUUCUAGAAGAUGUAUCGUUCUAGAAUGUUACGGACCUGUGAUGUCACAGUGGGUAGGGUCCUAUUUAGUGUAUUGUAUAUGGACCUCUGAUUGGUCAAUAUUGUGUCCUUGUGUAAAUGAGAUUCAUGAAUAAACACGUGGCCACGUCUUGUAAUCUA